AUGGAACUUAAUGGCAAAACAUCAAUCAAAUCGAAAUUUUUACGAAAUGACACAUUUAUUAAUACUUUAAAUCAUCCAUCGUGUCAACCGUUCAACUAUUCAUCACUCUACGCAUCAUUUCACAAAAACAUACAUCACGCUUACUUGAAUAUUCCUAAGCAUUUACUUUUAAUGAUCUCCUGUGGUUCAAAGAUCAGUUAA